AUGUCAGACGAGCGAAUGAGUCAAUUCUUUCCAAGAAAAUCAAACGCAUCUAUAGAAAACAAACGAAAUGCAGCAUCAAGCACAACACGACGUUCAGCUCGUUCGCAAUCGAUGAAUCCGAUUCGAUCUCGUCAAGCGCAAAACUACGAAACAAAAAACGAUUUUGUCGAAAAAUCUUCGUUGACAGAUUACAGAUAUUGCUUUGAUGCUCAGGGUAAACUGGUUUCGCUCGACGAUGGCAAACCGUUUCGAUUUAACGUUUGUCGUAAUGACCAUGAUAAUCAGACACGGUACCAUGCAAUUGGUCGAGCAAUCGAUGAAUACAUUUACGAACAACUCGAGGGUCUAUAUCAUCUUAAAAGAAUACAAAUACCGGUAUGUAUUGAUUAUUCCAACAAUAAUUGUUUGUUUAUUCAGAUUGAUGCAAGACCUGGUGAACCCACUGGUUUCUUUUUUGCCAGUGAAGAUUUUCAGGACGCUGACAAACUUAUGAUUAUUAUUCAUGGCACAGGAGUGGUACGAGCUGGUCAAUGGUCACGAAAAUUGAUCAUCAAUGAGAAUAUUCAUGUUGGUUCACAAUUUGAGUAUAUUCUGCAUGCUAAACAACUUGGCUUCGCAGUUAUUGUCACGAAUACCAAUCUGAAUACGGACGAAUCAACACGAUUCAUUCGUGGUAGCGAGACUGCCGAACAGCAUGGAUGUUACGUAUGGGAAAAUUUUGUUCGACAAAGCGUAGCUCGUCACAUCUGCAUUGUUGCACAUUCCUAUGGCGGCGCUGUGAUGUUAGAAAUGGCAUCACGAUAUACACCCGAUUUCGACAAGCGUGUUUUCGCUGUGGUAUUGACUGAUUCGCCAAUGAAAUGUUAUAUAAAAAAUGCACAUCCCAAUGUUUUGAAAGUCUUGAAAAAGAGAACAAUAAAUUGGGUAGCUAGCACAGCGAAAGUAAACACCAAGUUAGGCGAUCGGGAUUAUGGAUUGAUACGAUCAGCUGGUCAUACUUUACAUGAAUGGACAUCGCAUACUGCUUGUGUAGACAUUUUCCGAUUCAUCACAGAAGCAUUCCAACAAGUUCAACGAUAUAAACAUUAA